AUGGCCGAUGUUUUUCUUUCUGUCGUGGCCCUCGUUAAGGCAGGCAUUGAAUGCUGCCGAAACGCUCAAGCCUGCAAGGAUGAGGCAGCCCGCAUCGGCAAGCGGCUGACACUGGUGGUGACACGGGCAAAUGAAUGGAAAAAUGUUCUUGCAGACGAAAGGAUGGGCCAUUUCCGUGAAGUCGUAAAAGACGUCUACCUCUGCUUACAAGCAGCCACUUCGUCUUCGUACAACAAGAAACUCAAAAGGGCAAUACGAUCCGAAUCGUUGCUCGCCGAACUCCGUAGAGCAGCGAAAUCUUUGGACGCAGCCUUCAAUGACCUUAAGACCGACCUUCAGAUCAACCUUCAGAUCAGCAAUCUCCUGAAAGACAAAAAUAAAGGGGUUUCCAAUUUGCUUGCCUUGGAUCAAUCAGGUCAUUACGCGACGAUCCAGCAGCAGUUUGAUGAGGUCUUGAAGGACAUUCAUGAUAAUGCCGUGGAAGUUGUCGUGUCUUCGCCCAAGGAUUGCAUCGACGAUGCGCUAUACAACGAACAUCCCGCUGCCCCUGCAGGAGGCAGGAGUGCCGUCUCACAGCAGCAGCGACAACAUCGGACAAAAACAUUUCACCCAUCUGCAAAGGAAUUGCUCGCUAUUUCGCUUACGCCAUCCUUGCUGGACUUCAGCGACGACAGUGAGAAUCUUUUGGGAGGUGGUGGCUUUGCGGAUGUGUAUUGUGGACUUUACAACAGGAAGCCCGUCGCCAUCAAACGCCUCAAGAUAAAUGAAAGCGAUGUAGCCUCUCUCUCGAAAGAGCAGGUAGCCCAUGAUGUGGAAUGUCUUGCUACCGAAGCCCUCCUGACGCACACCUGUGGCACACAUUCCAAUAUCAUUAACGUUAUUGGGUGCAUUACCACACUGAAUGAAAUCGACAGACCUGUGAUUGUUAUGGAGCUCAUGCACACCACACUUUUCCAUGCCCUGCGUGAUCGAAGCCUAUCCAAUAGUCUAGGAUUUUCCCGUCUCCUCUUUCUCUUAAAAGGUAUUGCUGGAGCCUUGGAGUUCCUUCAUCUGCAAGGUAUUGUCCACCACGACGUCAAACCAUUAAACGUGUUACUGAACAAAGGUUUAACAGAAGCCAAGUUGGCUGACUUUGGCGAAUCGAAGGUGAAAGGCCUCCACACAACAAAAGCCCGUCUUGGUACAAUAAUGGCAACAUCCUCUCGUCAGGGCAACCAAAUUGCAGGCACAGCCGCCUACCAAGCACCCGAGAUCCUCUCAGAAGAAGUCAGCGACACAUCGCGCGUGUGCGAGAUGUACUCCUUUGGAGUUACAGUGUGGGAAUGCAUGACUAAACAGAUUCCACACGGGGGCAAAAAGGAAUCAUCUAUAACUGUUUUGGCGAUGAAAAAGAAGCACUUGCCCAUGCUUGUGGUUCCCUCCCGGCCUAGAGAACGUCUUUCUGAGAUUGAGUAUGUUUGCUGGAAAGCACUAAAGAUGAUUGCCACGUCAUGCCUUUCUCGCGACCGUACUGCGAGACCCAAUGCUUGUUUAGUGGUUACUCUCUGGCAGGACGGCAAAUAUACACAGAAAGAGGGGCCAAUGUGUGUCCCGGAUCUGGACUCAUCGCCUACUAAUUCUGGAGUGCAUGUUGAUUCUUGGUUGUCAACUGCUCCAACCACGCAGGGCUCAACAAACCAGGAGCAUGCGGGAGAUGUGCCAGACUACACCAAAAGAUGCAAAGCUGGAGAUACUCGGCGCAAAAUCCUGUGGGGGGUUGCAAUUACUGUUCUUGUCCUAGGAAUCAUAGUCUUGGUUGUCUUCCUGCUGUCCCAAUCAUCUCCAGACCAACCAUCUCCACCAUUCAAUUCCACAACACAAUCCAAUAGAGAGAGCUCCAAUUCUCCGUCAACCUCCUUGCCAACCUCCCAACCACUAACUACCAGUCCCCCUUCCCCACCAUUGCCCAUCGUCAAAACACCAACAAGUGCUCCGGUCUCCAUCCCCCCGCCAACCCGAUCACCAACUAUUGCUCCGGUUUCUUUCCCCCCACCAACCCUGUCGCCAACUGUAAAACUGUCAACUGGUGCUCCGGUCUCUAUCCCCCCGCCGACCCUGUCGCCAUCAGGUGCUGUAGUGUCCGCAUCCCAGUUGCCUAGUGGAAGCUUACCCGUUGGUCUUUCGUUUCAAACAACACGAGAACUGUAUGAUGCCGUAGAUGCUUACGUUAGCUCAAGCAAUCCGUCAGAUUCCACAGUCGCAGCUACGUAUGGUUAUCCCAUUGGAAUGUGGGACGUAUCGAGGAUCACCAAUUUUGCUCAAGUCUUUGAUGCCUUUGAUCGAAACACCACAAUAAGGACAUUUAACGAGGACUUGAGCGGGUGGGAUGUCUCCGCUGCCACUAAUAUGCGUUCCAUGUUCCAUGGUGCGUCGUCAUUUAAUGGUGACCUCUCAACUUGGGACGUCAGUCAAGUAUCGGACAUGGAAUCCAUGUUUCAGAGCGCAAGGACGUUUAACGGUGAUAUCUCCUUGUGGAAUGUGAGCCGGGUAUCGGAUAUGUCUAAUAUGUUUCGUAGUGCGUCUGUGUUCAACAGUGAUCUUGCAGCCUGGGACGUCAGCAGCGUAACGGACAUGUCUUACAUGUUUCAGAGUGCAUCUGAGUUUAACAGCGAACUUGCUACCUGGGAUGUCAGCAGCGUAACGGAUAUGUCUUGGAUGUUUCAGAGUGCACAAAGCUUUGGUGGCAACCUUGUGUCUUGGAAUGUUGGCAAUGUGACAGACAUGUCUUAUAUGUUUAAUGCUGCAUCUUUCUUCAAGGUUAGUCUUUGUUCCUGGCUAACACUGAUUCCAGAAAAUACCAUUGUUGAACGGAUGUUCUUUGGUGCCCAAUCCUGCCCCAAUACAGAAAACACUGUGUUACCAAAUGGUCCAAUGUGCUUUACAUGCAAUGCAUAA